AGUUUUAUUCUAGUAAUAAUUGUUAAAAAAAAAAAAAUAAUAAAUGCUUGUCUCUUUUGUGAAUAAAUUUUUCCAAAAAUCAUCAUAAUAGUGUUCGAAAAAUCAAUUAUUAUGGUUAAACUUGAAUAGACAAAAGUAUUAGAUUUUUUAUUGUAUUAAAAAGCAUAAUUAACAUUUAGUUUUUUGAUAAAUAUUUAAUUCUCAGCAUUGGAUUCACUGAAGUUGAAACUUGAAAUUAUAAAUUAUCUUGAUUUGUUUAACGUAAAAUAUACAAGAUGAUUGAUGUCACGGUUAAAACUUUGGACUCACAAAAUCAUGCAUUUACAUUGGAAGACGACAUUACUGUCAAAGAUUUUAAAGAACAUAUCACAGGAACAGUUGAUAUUCCUGUUGAUUUACAAAGACUAAUUUACUGUGGGAGAGUUCUUCAAGAUGACAAACGUCUUAGUGAAUAUGAUGUCAAUGGAAAGGUUAUACACUUGGUACAACGAGCACCACCAUCAACUACCCAACGAAGCAGUAGUUCAAGUCAAAAUGAUAAUCGAAGUGGUGGAGAUUUUAUGUCAUCACCAAGAAUACAAUAUCGUCAAGCUCAAUUUGGAAAUCCUCUGUAUGUUGGUUCUGUAUCAAUACCAGCUGACGUACUGGAAUCAAAUGAUUGGCCAAUACCACAAUUGAGUAGUUCAUCAGCAAAUUCACAUUUGGCUAUUGUACGUCAUAUGUUGAAUCAAGCAAAUCGUGUUAUUGAUGGUAUGGAUAAUGCAGAUACACCAUCAAAUACUACUGAUGAAAAUACAACAGCUGAAAGUGAACAAACAACAUCAACAGUUGAUACUGAAACUACAUCAUCAACUGCAACAACAACAACAACAACUAAUACAACAACAACAACACCACCACCACAGGAAGAACAACGAGAAGAUAAUGCUGAACAACCAGCUGCAAGUACUAGCAAUGAAUCUACAACUGAAAAUGACAAUGAAGGUCUUGUUCCACGUCAAUUAGCUGAAUUAUUAGAAAAAUUAUUAACAACUCAAGAUCGUCUUAGUCCAUAUAUAAGAGAAAGAAUUUUAUUAACAUCAGAUGGUUCAGGUAGUUCAACAACACAAUCUGAUACAACUGCUGAACAAAAUCAACGUAUUAUUGAUGGUGUUACUGAAUGUUUUCACUUUUUAUCACAUGCACAACAUGCAUUAAGUGAUAUGAGUGUUGAUAUGCAACAACCACCACCAAGAACAGUACGUUGUCGUCCAACGAUGAUUCCAUCAUCAACAAUUAUUCAAGCUGGUAUGCCAAUACAAGUUGAAGCACAUAUUAGUCUUCAUGGACAAAGUGACAGUAGUAAUGCUGAUAGUGAAGAUGGUAGUAAUAAUGGUCCAUCACGUGAAUCAACUGGUUCAACUGUACCACCACGAACAUUUUCACCAACACCAGAAUCAGAUGAAGCAGGAGAAACACAAUCAGAAAAUACACAACAACAAGAACAACAAGCAACAUCUGGUCAAAAUCAAUCAGACAAUGGUUUUGGUUCACUAUUUAAUUUUCCAAGUAAUGUUGAAGUUGUCAUGGAAAUGGGACCACAAGCACCACGUGUAUGGAGUUAUUCAACUAAUGGUCAAGGCCAAACAACUGGUACAUCAACAGGAAAUAAUAACAACAACAACAACAACAAUAACAACAAUAAUAAUAAUAAUAAUAAUAAUGAUAAUAAUAGUACAAAUACAUCAAAUAAUAAUGCAAAUGCUAAUGGAAAUAAUAAUAAUAAUAAUAAUAACAAUGGUGGUAGUGGUGGAAGAACUACUAUUGGUGGUGCUGGAUUAGAUUCAUUUCCAUGGAGUGGUGCACCAUCACCUGAUAUGAUACGUACUUUAAUACAAGCUAUUGCUGGUUCUAUGGCACAAGGUAGUACUGCUUUAGCUACUUCAACAUCAACACCAACAUCAACAAAUCAAGCAAAUUCAACAACAUCAAAUAAUUCAACACCAACAAUUGGUUUAUUACAUCGUACAGUGACUGUUGCACUUGGUAAUAAUGAAUCACCACCAGGACAAACAUCACAAUCAAGAGCAAAUACUGAUACACAUCCAACAACAUCAACUCAAACACGUACAACACCAAGAACACAUGUAUUUCAUCAACAUGCACAAGCACUUGGUGUUAAUGUUGCUCAAAGUUUAGAAUUUGAUCCAUUUUUACCAUGUAAUUCACCACAUUUACGUCGUGGACAACAAGCACAAAAUAAUACAACAACAUCAACUCAAACUGGACAAAAUGCAUUUUCAACAAAUGAUAAUACAACACCAUUACAAGCUGGUACAAUUAGAUUUGGUCCUGGUAAUGGUAGUGGUGGUAUAACUGGUAUAGCUGGUAUUGGUAGUAUUGGUAGUAUUAGUGGUCUUGGUGGUCUUGGUGGUCUUGGUGGUAUAACACCAAGAUUUGCAACAGUUGCAGGUGUACAAGUUAUUAAUGCAUCUAGUCUUCGUGAUCGACCAUUGGCUGAGGCUAUUAAUGAAGCAGCAAGAACAUCAAAUCGUACAUCUCGUCCAAUUCCACUUAAUAGAUUUUUAUUAAGUCGUGGAAUUAAUAUUGGAAGUGCACGUGGAGGUACACGUAGAAGAAGUAUUAUUCAAUUAAUUUAUACUUUAUUAUCAAAACUAUCAAUUGGUGAUUGGUUUAGAAUAUUAAAUGGUAGUAAUGCACCAUUGACUGAAGAUUUUGGUCGUUCAUUGAGACAAUUAUUACGUGGAGCUAUUCCAUCACCAACAAAUUAUGAAAGACAAAUUGUUAAAUUAUUUAUUGAUGAAUUAAUACCAAAUUUAGAAAGUACAUUUGAAAAUGAAGAAGCAUUUGAUAAUAAUAUGCGACCUAUUGAUUUAUGUUUUACAAUAAAUCAACUUAUUGCUGAUCGUGGUGAGGGUAUUGUACGUUCAAUUCUCAAUGAAGAAUCAUUUUCUGGUAUUGUUGCUGCUAUUCGUACACUUGCUGUUGAUAUGACAAGACUCAUACGUUUUUCUUUAAGAGGACAAUCUGGUUUUGACAGAGUUAUUGCAAGAUUUGCGGCUAACAUGUCAAGAGGUACACAUGAAACUUUUCGUCAAUGGAUUAUUGGUACUGUUGUUGAAUGGUUUUGUCGUUUUGCUCAAAACAUUCCAGUUACAACAGAUGAUUCAAUAGCAGCAGUUGUUAAAUUACGUUACAAAGAAACUGCUACUCCAACUACAGUUUUUAAUACAGCACAACAAACAUUAUCAACAUCAUCUCUCAAUCAAUCAUCAGCACAACAAGAGCUAGAGCCGAUGGAAAUUGAUGCUGCAUCAAGUGAACAACCAGAAAAUGAUCCUUUGGCAUUAGAAGAUGGUGAAGAUGUACCUACAACAUUCCCAGGCCAUGAACAACUUUUACCAGAAUGGGUGCCAAUAAUUGCUCGUGAUGGUUCAAGACAACGUAGACAAUUACAACUUGGUAUUACUGGUGAAAGUGUUACAAAUUUAAGUGAUGCAUAUUUAUCAACAAUGCCAACAAAAAGACGUAAACUUGUUGAACAACAAAAACCAACAUUAUUAACAAAUACAACAUCAAAUAAUUCACCAGUGCCAACAUCAAUGGAACGUUUAGUUAGAGAUAGUGUUGAACGUGCUGGUAUUGAACAAGUUGAUGGUGCAGCAAGUGCUGUUGCUGCUGAUCCAACAGUUAGACGUGCAUUUGGACAAGCAAUUAGAGAAUGCUUAAAUCCAAGAAGAUUUCAAACAUCUGAUUUUCCAGAUUCUCUACGUUUUCCAAAUGCAUCAAGAUUAUUUACUGAAUCAGAUAGAUCAUCACAACAAUAGAUGAUACUAUUAUUUAUCUCUUACUUAUACUAUUCCUCUCUAUCAAUUAAUCUUUCUAUUAUUAAUUAAACGUUGAUAAACACAUCAACAAUUAAACAAAUUUUUCUUUUUUUUUUUUUUUUUUAAUUUUAUUGACACGUAAAAAAUAAUUUCAAUGUACCGGAAAAUCUUAAGAAAAAUUAAACAAAAAAAAAAAAAAAGUAAUUCUGCAUUUGUACGUGUAAAUUAAAAUAAUAUAAACUGUUUAUCAAAAUUAAAAUUGUAUAAGUUUCUUCUGUGUAAAUUAAUGGUUUUUUAAAUUACAAUUAUACUUUUUUUUUUUUUAUUAAUUUUAUUUAGAUAUGAAAACAGAGGUGUUAAAGCACGUGGUAGUUUAAUCGAAUCCACUGUAUAACCGUAUAUAAAAUAUUGAGAGAAAAGUAAUAAUAAUAAAUGAAAAAUAAUAUUAAUUAAUUGGCAUUUAUAAUUCGGUGGAAAAAAAGAGAAAGAGAGAGAGAGUGAGAGCAUUGAGUAUAAUAGAUUUCAACGAGCGUGAAAUAAAAAAAAUAAAUAAAAGAAAUUGAAUAAAAAAAAAUGAAAAAAAGAAUUUCUUUUUAUUUUGUAUAAUAUAUUCAGUCGAUUAGAUGGAGAAGAACUCGUCUGUCGAUGAG